AUGGCGAUGGAUGCGGAGCGGCGGCAGGCGGAGCUGAUCGCGCAGUUCUCCGCUCAGGCGGCGGCGCUUUCCUCCGCGCCCCAGCUCGCCGCGCUGGUGCUCGAGGCCACCUCCCACCCGGCCCUCUUCGCCUUCUCCGAGCUCCUCACCCUCCCCGCCCUCUCCAAGCUCUCUGGCACGCAGUACGCGUCGUCACUGGACUUGCUCCGGCUCUUCGCCUAUGGCACCUUGAAGGACUACAAGAGUAAUUCUGGAUCCCUUCCAGCAUUGUUGCCUGACCAGGUCCGGAAGCUAAAGCAACUCAGUGUGCUAACUCUGGCAGAGUCAACUAAGAUACUACCGUAUGAUCAGCUCAUGCAAGAGUUGGACGUUUCCAACGUAAGAGAACUUGAAGAUUUCCUAAUCAAUGAGUGCAUGUACUCGGGUAUCGUUAGAGGCAAACUGGAUCAGCUGAGAAGGUGCUUUGAGGUACAAUUUGCAGCUGGAAGAGAUCUUACACCUGAUCAGCUAACCAACAUGAUAGAGACCUUGUCUGACUGGUUGGGAACAUCAGAUAGCCUGUUGCAUCAAAUUCAGGAGAAAAUCAAGUGGGCUGAUACAAUGAGUGAGGUGAACAAGAAGCACCAGAAAGAAUUUGAGGACAGAGUGGAAGAGGCCAAAAAAUCAAUCAAGGCAGACAUCGACUUACGGGGGCAUGACGACUUUCUCUCUGAAUCUGGAGGAAUAAUGGAUUUUGAAGAGGACCGCGUCCGACCAAAAAGGAGGCGACAACCACCGGCGUAG